GUCUGGCGCUCGGGUCCUCUCCUCUCCUCCCCGCUUAACGUGGAAGAAGGGGGUAGGGGGGAAAAGAUUCCAAAGCAGGGAGCACCGGGCCGGUACCGGGCCGGCGCCUUUCCGUGGCUUCGAUCGGAAGCGAUCGAGCGCGGCGGAGGUCGAAUGGGCUCCUCGUCCACCCCGGCGCCGAGCCGGCGCAAGGUUGCGCUCUGCCUCGCGCUCCUCACCCUGCAGUACGGCGCCCAGCCCCUCAUCUCCAAGCGCUUCGUCCGCCAAGAUGCUAUAGUGACUACAUUAGUUCUUGCAACUGAAGUUGCAAAGGUUAUUUGUGCAAUCAUUUUAUUGAUUGCAGAGGGUGGUCUGAAGAAGCAAUUCGGAAAUUGGACUCUUGCUGGAUCACUGACCGCGUCAGGACUCCCUGCUGCCAUCUAUGCACUGCAAAAUAGUCUGUUGCAAAUAUCAUACAAGAAUUUGGAUUCCUUGACCUUUUCAAUCCUUAACCAGACCAAGCUUUUAUGGACAGCAUUCUUCACAUAUCUUAUUUUAGGGCAAAAGCAAUCACCCAAGCAAAUUUUAGCAUUGACCCUCUUGAUUAGUGCUGCCGUCCUUCUAAGCGUUGGGGAGAGUAGCAGUAAAGGUUCUAAGGGUGGUAGCUCUGACUAUGUCUUGCUCUAUGGAAUCAUUCCAGUUACAGUCGCAUCUUUGCUGUCUGGUUUGGCCUCGUCUUUGUGUCAGUGGGCAUCUCAGGUUAAAAAGCAUACCUCCUAUAUGAUGACCAUCGAAAUGUCAUUUAUUGGAAGUAUGUGCUUGUUAGCAAGUACCUACCAGUCACCAGACGGAGAGGCCAUCAGAAAAUAUGGAUUUUUCCAUGAAUGGACUUUGUGGACUCUGGUUCCUGUCUUAAUGAAUGCUGUGGGUGGAAUUCUUGUUGGUCUUGUCACAACUUAUGCAGGCGGUGUUAAAAAGGGUUUUGUUAUAGUCUCAGCUCUCCUUGUGACUGCACUACUACAAUUUAUAUUUGAUGGGAAACUGCCAUCACUCUACUGCCUGAUGGCACUACCACUUGUCAUGACAAGCAUAUUCAUUUACCAGAAGUAUCCAUAUGUUGAUAGGAAGAAGAAAGACUGAUAAGCAUACUUGUCAGAGAAGGGAAAUUUUACAUCAUCCGACAUAAUGCUAACCUCGUUUCACCCAGAAAAGUUGGCAUUCGCACUGUCAAAGGAACCAAUAUGACCCUUGAAGAGUUGUCUAUUCAUGGAGCUAUGUAUCAAUUAUCUACUGAUAUGUAUAUGAAUUGAAUUAGUAGCUUUGUAGACACUAGCCCGGAACAAAUUCCAGCAAUCAUUUGAUAUUAGCUUGCAUGUACACUUGCUUGUCAGGGAUGUUUUCAGAUUUCAAGUGUUUACUAGCGCAGCUACCUAUACUUGCACAGCUUGAGGUCUCAUAGAUUGUUAUUUUGAGUAUGUGAACAUGGAUUCAUAUAUUGUAUUGAUUCUAACAAACCAGAUAGAAUCCAAUAUUGCAGCAUGGGUUUCAUGCACACGAUUCUUCUAA